CUUUUUUUUUUUUUUUUUUUUGAUGGGGAAAUCAUGUUCUACAUAUCUUCCAGGUUAUUUGUAUAAGUAAAGAGAAAAAUCGACUAUUGCACCUUUAAAUUGUACCUAUAUUUAUAUCUCUGGUCUAUUUCUUGUGUUUUUAUUCACAGCCUCUGCCAUAGCUGAGGGCAAGAACACAUAAUGACAGUUAUUAUUUAAUAAAAAGCAUUUCUGGUGGCUGGUUAAUAUGACAGUAAUAUAAUGACGCAGGUGUCAGAGAGUAAACUGUGAGGUGAGGAGGUUUUUGUCCCUCCCUUGUCUAACCUGAGAGACCGGACAGGAGACAGUCACGUCGCCGUGGGAUUCCGUCACCACAGACUGCAGCGCGCAUGCGCACUACGUUGCCAAGGACAUCGCGAAGGCGGGUGUGGGACACCGUCGGGCGCGCGCACCUGUUUGUACCUGAAGAAGAAAUAAAUUAAAAAUAAAUAAAUUAAAAAAAACAUGUCGGGCUUCGACAGCAAUCCUUUCGCCGAUCCUGUGGAGGUGAAUCCUUUCCAGGAUCCCUCAGUGACCCAGGUGACCCGCACAGGGAGAGAGGGCAUAGACGAGUACAACCCUUUCUCUGCCAGAAGCCAGGAUAAUGGAACUACCGUACCUUUCUCAGCUGGAUCUCAGCCUGCUAUUCUGCAGCCCACACUGGAGCCCAGUCCUCAGGCCAGAGCGGCGGCUGCGCAGGCCGAGCUCCUCAAACAGCAGGCGGAAUUGGAGAAGAAAGCAGCCGAGCUGGAACGCAAGGAGCAGGAACUCCAGAACCGAGACGCAGGCAGAGGUAAAGAAAACAACUGGCCUCCACUGCCGAGGUUUUUCCCAAUAAAGCCAUGUUUCUAUCAGGAUUUUAAUGAGGAGAUCCCAGGGGAAUACCAAAGGGUCUGCAAGAUGAUGUACUACCUCUGGAUGUAUCACUGUGUGACGCUCUUCUUGAACCUGCUGGCAUGUUUGGCCUGCUUCAUUGCAAAUGCUCAGAACGGCAUUGACUUCGGCCUGUCCAUCCUCUGGUUUAUUGUCUUCAGCCCCGCCGCCUUCGUAUGCUGGUACCGGCCUGUUUAUAAAGCCUUCAGGUCCGACAGCUCCUUCAGUUUCUUCUUUUUCUUCUUCAUGUUCGCCUUCCAAGUGGUGGUGUACAUCAUUCAGAGCGUCGGCAUCCCCAGGUGGGGAAACAGUGGUUGGAUCUCCUCCAUCGCCAUGCUCGGAAGCAAUCUCACAGUCGCUGUGUUCAUGAUGGUUGUGGCCGGAUUCUUCACAGUCAACGCAGUGCUCGCAGUCAUCUUACUGAAAAUGGUCCACGGUAAGUACAGGAGAACAGGUGCUAGUUUCCAGAAGGCGCAGCAGGAGUUCUCUGAGGGUGUAGUGAGCAACAGAACGUUCCAGACUGCUGCGGCCACCGCCGCCACCUCGGCUGCUCGCGGGGCCUUUCAGUAACACAGUGCAUUCUGACCUGUCCAUCACUCAUCCCACAAAACAUCACCUCUCCUGUGUGUUUAAGACACUCGUCUGCUUCAGUUCCUGAAGGAACACACUGAUAUGGUUAUUGAAGGAACGUUCCAUAGGGACACUGUAGAGGUCAGUAGUGAGCAAAACCUGUAUCGGAUCAUUCUUCUUAAAUUAAUGCUGAUUUUUAGUUAUUGCACAUGAACACUUUCUUGGUUUUCUUGGUUAUCCCUUUGAAAUGAUUUAAAGCUUUUUUCCUCUGCCAGUGGUACCAAUUAGUGGUAGAUAAUAUGAUGAAAAAUCGUAUCACGAUUCACAAAGACAUUCCUACGAAACACGAUAUGCAUCAGGAUAUAUAGUUUUGCAAACAAACCGCUAGCCAAACAAUAGUAUAGAAUACUUAAUUUCUUAAGUAAAUUAUACUUAUUCAUUUUCAUUAAAAAAAAGCAAAAUAUUUAACACUAAAAAUGAGAAAAUUGAAAAAAUCUGUAAACAUUUUAACAGUUUUAAAGAUUAAGUACAAGAUACAUCAAAUAAGCUGCUUCCAGUCAACUUGUAAUCACAAGAAAUGAAUGAAAAGAUCUAACAAUAUCCACAAUAUCUCAGAAAAGCAUAUUGUGACAUAAUUUAUUACGAUCUUAUAUCGUCGUAUUGUCCAGCCCUAGUACCAGUGGUGUAAAGGCAAAAAAAAAUCAAAUGUACACAAUUGUCCACUUUCCCCAGCACAUCUACAUUUAUGGAAUUUAGCAGACACCCUUAUCCAGAGUGACGUAGUAGUUUUUAUCAAAAACACAUCUUCAUGCUAGUUCACUAGAUCAGAUCCUGUGUGAAGAAAACAUCCGAGUUUUUAGAAAAAAGACCAGUAGAAACUCAGUAAUGUUUUUCCCCAGUUUUCUCCCCAAUUUGGUCACCUGCCAAUCCCCAUCCCCCGGCCAGCUCUCCUCUAUCAUACAGCUGCUACCAGCAGGGGGGGGUGAAGAAUAGUGCGUGAUUCCUCCGAGACACAUGCAGCCAGCCAAACACAUCGUUUCACACUGCUGCUCAUACAGUGUCACAUGGCAGCGUAACACACUUGGAGGAAAACGCUGUCCGCCCUCUUCUACAUACAUGAGCUCACAGAUGCAUAUAGUUGGCUAGUGUCGCUGUGAUUGACAGGGGAGAGUAUGCCUUCUCUUCGACCCAGAGAGCACGGCUAAUUUGCUGUCUAGGCUUUUGGCCACGGACGGCUGUGGCAUCGCUGGGAUUCAAACUCGUGAUCACUCCUGAUGCUUUUCUGUUACGUCACUUCAGGGAACCCACACUGAUUAUUUAACGAUGGUUUUGUAUAAAAAUGUUCCAGACAUCAUCCAGGGACACUAAUCCUGUCCGAAUAGGGCUUACGAUACAUUUUUUAGGAUGAUUCAAGUGGAUAAAAUUGUUUUGUAAAUGCAAUGGCAGAAAUGAACAAAACUUUGCACUGUUACAGAAAUCUUUAAGUGCAUAAUUUUUUAAAAUAUGUCGCUGCUACAUUGGUAUUCUUGAUGAAAUACAUGCAUGGAAACAUUGUGUAUGUAUGGUGAAGGUAAAUAGUGAUAAAACAGGGCAAGCGCAGGUAAAACUACUUCUAUGCAAUACAAACUAUUUCUCGCACCUCAGUGGAAACACACUAUGUUAUUAUGCAGUUCGCUGAAAACCGUGAUACACAGAUCACACGCAGACGCUGGAGAGACUGUUGCUUUGGUUAUGUACAUUCGGAUCUCAUUAAUGCAGGAUUUCGUUUUCCACUUUAGUUACAUUUUACCCUUGUGCUGUCAUGUUAUAGAUGUUCUAUUCUUGGCGCAAUUUUGAUCACAAAUGUCUUUUUUCAGUGUUCUCAAAUUAUUAUUAUUAUCGAACAAAGUCAUAUAGUCUGUGCUUUAUUUUAAUGUUUCCAGUGUGGAAUGGGAUAUUUUAUGUACAGAUAUUAUUUAAGCUAUUUGAAGUCAUCGUAUCAUUUUUCUGAUUAUGUGGAUAUGAAGUUUAUUGUGUAGUGAAAUAUUUUAUCACAUUAAUUGGGUGUAAAAUAAAAGUGGCUUAUAUUUUAUGAUGCUUUUCUUGUCAUACCAUGUAGUACCUUGUUUAACAUCAGUGUGAGAUGAUGUAUUUGACCAGCAGUGGGCACUGUUGCUCUUAAAAUACUAUACACAGACUUCCAGAACAAUAACCAAUUCAAAAUCUGUAAGACAAGCACAUUGUCUAGGCUGUGCAUUUAUCCACUGGUUCUUUGCAAGAAGAUAAGACAAACAGUGGCUGUGUUCAGGAGUUAAUCUGGAUUAAAGAGGUGAGGUGUUGAAACAGCAA